UUCACCGGCGGACGCGCUUCAGCACCAUUCAGGCUGCAGCUGCUGGCUUGUGCAAGGGCCUGCUGCUUCAUUCACACUCCGUUCUCCAAAUCCGUCGCUGAAGUACACUCUCUGCACAUUACUCACUAUGGCUAAUCGGGAGGAUUUAGUAUAUCAAGCUAAGCUUGCUGAACAAGCAGAGAGAUAUGACGAAAUGGUUGAGUCCAUGAAGAAGGUGGCUGGGAUGGAUGUCGAGCUCACAGUUGAGGAGAGAAACCUGCUGUCGGUGGCCUACAAGAAUGUUAUUGGAGCCAGAAGAGCAUCCUGGAGGAUAAUUAGUAGCAUUGAGCAGAAAGAAGAAAACAAGGGUGGCGAGGACAAAUUGAAGAUGAUCCGGGAGUACAGGCAAACAGUUGAGACAGAGCUGAAAUCAAUUUGCAAUGACAUCCUUGAUGUGCUGGACAAGCACUUAAUUCCAGCUGCUAAUUCAGGAGAGUCCAAGGUGUUCUACUACAAAAUGAAGGGCGAUUACCACAGGUAUCUUGCUGAGUUUGCCACAGGAAACGACAGGAAGGAGGCUGCAGAAAACAGUUUGGUUGCUUACAAAGCUGCUAGUGAUAUUGCAAUGACAGACCUUCAACCUACACACCCCAUUCGUUUGGGUCUCGCUUUGAACUUCUCUGUAUUCUACUAUGAAAUCCUCAACUCUCCUGACCGUGCAUGCAGGUUGGCAAAGGCAGCAUUUGAUGAUGCUAUUGCUGAACUUGACACGUUGAGUGAAGAAAGCUAUAAGGACUCCACACUCAUCAUGCAGUUGUUACGUGAUAAUCUGACACUAUGGACUUCAGACAUGCAGGGAGAUGGUGAGGAACAGAAUAAAGAGGCGCUGCAAGAUGUGGAGGAUGAGAACCAGUGAAACAUCACAGCCAAUAUGAGACUCCAGCCCACUCAACCCCUUCCCAAAGCCCACUCAUAAAGGUGGCCACUAAGCCCAACCUCAAGAAUGACACGCAACAGCUUGAUGCCGCAUUUUUUUUUGUUCGUUUGUUUGUUUGAUUUUUUUUUUUCUGGUCAUUGUUUUUGCUUUAUUUUUAUUUUAUUUUUUAAAUUAUCCAUUUAAUUAAACCAAGAAACCACUUCUGAAAGAGACAUCAACUGUAAUUUCUGAUGGGCAGAGCUUAAUUUUUUUUUCGUUUUUUUCCCCUCCUUCCUUUCUUCCUCCCCCCUCGUGUGUGUGCGUGUGUGUAUGUGUGCGUGUGUGUGUGUCCUGGUACAAUGUUCCUUUUUUAAGUUUAUUUGCUUGUUCCUCAACAUUUUAUCAGUUGCUGGAUAUAUUUUGAGUUUUUCUUAAUGUAAUUGCGAAUUAACUUUUAUUACUAUUACUGAUAUGUCUACUAUUAGGCUAUUAGUUGUUGGAGCUGUAAUAUUUGUGUUAGUGCAAUUAUCAAAUGCAGUUAAAAUGAUUAAACCUUGGAAAAGGGCAAGUCAAAAAUAAAGUGCUCUUUUUGUCAAUUUAGUUUUUCAGAGCAAGUUUGCAAGUUUCUUGAUAUCCAUGUGGAGCAAAAUGCUUAACAUCACAAAGUAGGAGUUACGUAGUGAUACUUAGCAGUGGUGCGGACUGUAAUUUGUGCUAAAAUACUGUAUUAUGCACAUAGGCUGAUGGUGGAUGGAUAGUUGCAGCUCUAAAAAUUGAAGGAGCCUUGCUGCUUUUAGAACUUAAAAUGCAGGUCUCCAUUGGCUGUUUGAAAAUAUUAAGCACUAAUAAAGUUGAUUUUAAGCUCUCAUAAGUAUAUGAAAGUCUAUUUCCCUUCUUCCCCUAAAUUGAGAUAUUGCCUCCAAUUUCUUCUGUACUUCUUGUUCAUAUUUAAUUUGAUGCUAAUUUGUACUACUGGAAAUUUGACUGGAGCCACAGACAUGGCAUCUGUAUUAUUGUUCUUAUAGAGAAACAGCAUGGAAUUAACAUUGGAGUUAAAAUAAAACUGCCUCGAAUUAAGCCUUUUGUGAUUUUAAUUUUGCAUGUUUUAUAAUGUACUGUUUCCAUGCUGAUUCAAUGGGAAACACUUCAUUUAAAAGGUAAAAUGAACACAUGAAACUGCGUUUGCAUUUCAUCUGGAAUGGGGCAAAAUCACCCAAAGACCCGACAGGCUGUAACUGUAACUUUGAGAGGUCGGUGUGGGUUUCUGGUGGAACCUUUUGAAUAAAAAUGUUUCUUUGAUUACUGACAAUUUCAUGGAGUUGGAAAAGCUUCUUGAUAGGACGGUGAUCAAACUUGUGCAGUACGUUAAACUCAAAUCAGUUUCAGCGUUCAUUUUGCAUUUUGGCAUGUAAAAUUUUAAAUCCAAUGCAUGUGAAGAAAUGAUUAGAGUCCUGAGAAUUAAGCUUGGGUCUCUUGUGGAAGAAGAAUCAAAAGCAACUUCUUGACAUGUUCACAAGCCCUGACAGUGGUGCUUGAAAGUUUGUGAGCCUUUAGAAUUUUCGGUUUCUGUAUAAAUAUGACCCAAAUAUCAUCGGAGUUUCACACAUGCCCUAAAAGUAGAUAAAGAGAACCCAACUGAACAAGACAAAAUAUUAUAAUUGGUCAUUUAUCUAAUGAUGAAAAUUGUCCAGUAUUAUAUAUCUGUGAGUAGCAAAAUGAUGUGAACUUCUAGGAUUAGCAGAUAAUCUGAAGGUGAAAUUAAUGUGUUUGCAAUCAAUGGGAUGGCAAUCAGAUGUGAGUUUUUGCUCUGUUUUAUUUAAAGAAAAGGGAUCUAUUAAAGUCUGAUCUUACACUUCCACAAACGUAUUGUGAUCAUUGCAUGAAUAAAGGAGAUUUCUGAGGA